AUGUUGGUGGCAUUUCUAACCCCAGAUGACCUGGGGAAGGAGGGUUCGUUCGUGGUGAGACGACGUCCGGAUGGGGUUUGGAUCAAUCCAUACACCCAGCAGGUGUUCAGAGUGACCUGCCCGCAUGUGGAUUUGCUGGUAUCGCUGCACCUGUUUCGUGUUGUGAAAGUUUCCAAAGCUGGUGUCGUUUCGCUUUCAGAGACCCCCAAUUCAUGGAUGGUACCACAUCGAGAGUCUGGAACUGCUGCUCCUUUGCGCUUUCUGGAGAUCUUUUCGGGCCUUGGUGGCACUACUCUAGGCUUUGCUGCUGCAGGAUUUGAACCGCUUCUUGCACUGGAUCACAAGUCCAUUGCUAUCGAGAGCCUUGGCAGGAAUCGACAUGUUCAUCCGAUGCUUGGCGAUGUGGGGCCGCGGCAGGAUUGGCUGAGAAUCCACUUAGCCAUAGAAGGGAGCGUUGGUGGGCAAUUCUUGCUCCUGCUGAUCUUCCUCUACCUGAUCUUUGUGAUCUUGACGUUAGAGGAGUUGGACCUCAAGUUGAAGCCCAUGGAACGGCAGGUCUUUGCUGAUGAGACUUUCGGAGACACCAAUCGGCAUCUCAACAUGAAUGGCAUUUGUCCUACGCUGUUGCAUUCCAUGGGCCAUCAGGUCUUGGAUUGCAGCUGUGGAUGCCGUGGACCACUCUCUUAUGAGCUUCUUCAAUCUCAAGGCCUGCAUGGUGUUCUUAUGAGAUCGCAGUGGGAGAAUGUGGAAGAUCGGCGCCUUCACCCUUUGGAGGCUGCGCUACUUCUUGGUCUACCAGGUUCUUGGGAGUAUGCUCGUCCUACUCGCACGGACUUACCAUUGCUUGGGCAAAUUGCAUCGCCUAUUCAGGCUUUUUGGAUUGCACAGCAUCUCCUUCGGGCCUUUCAGAUGCUCUCUACAUCCAAAGACCAGGCUCCAAGAUCCUUCCUUGACCACAUCCUUUGUACGCAUCAUCAGCGAUGGCCUGAACGGGGCAUGUUUAGAACCCGUGAGAUCAGCAUUCUGUAUGAGGAUGAGCCUGAUGCUACCUUUGUCGCUCGCAGUCCUGUGCAGGUUCAAGAUCUUCUCCUUGCUGAAACGCGUUUCAUUGGGGUUUCCAGCUUCCAGCUCUUUGACGGGGACGUUUUGAUGCAUCCCCAGGAGCUGAUUCGUGGCACUCGUCUCCAUGCUCGAGUUGGUAAUGGUCCCGUUUUGGAGGCCGGUUGCUCUACUUUGUGGGUCAAUAAGGGCCUUGACGAUCCGACAAUGACCUCGCAAGGGCAGUCUAUCUUUGCUCGACAUGCAAGACCUGCGGAUGUCUUCUGGGGCCCUCGUCACGUGGGUUGCUUGCUUGACUCCUAUGUUGCAGGUGCACUAUGUGAGAUCCGGGCACGCUCGGCUGACCCUGCAGCCCAGCAUUAUGGCAUCUUGUGGACCAACUACCACUGGCAGCUCUUUUGCUUUCAUCGCUCUGGGGAUUGUCUUCAGGCCACUUGCUAUGAUGGAUGUGAUGAGCCCAACACGUUUGAUCUUGAGCUGCUUUGCAACCGUUUCAUGCUUUCCUGUGAUGAGGAGCGCUAUGUCACUUGGCAUCGUCUUUUGCUUCUACAUCAGAAUCGCUGUGGCAAUGGGCCGCCUGAUGCUGCUAUGAUCGAAUCCUUGAGCCAGAUCCUUGUGCAGAAAGGUGUGCCAGAACGACUUGUGCGGGAUCGGGCUAUGCUUGCUGUCAAGAAGCUUGGACAUACUGCCAUUCAGCAGGCACUUGGCACACCUGACCCUUGGCGUGCCAUGAAGCAGAUUCAACCAGCCAAUGGCCGCCCUUUCCAAUUUGUUCUCUACAAUGAGCUGCAAUCCCAAAUUGCUGAACGUGCUUCUAGCAAACAUGGCGCUGACUUUGGAAAGAAGGGUGGCAAGUCUGGCCGCAAAUCCUUGCCUGAGCUUCAUCUCUGUCCUGAGCAUCUUGAAUUGCUUCCUCAUCUAUUCGUUGACAAUGCGGGUGACCCGGUUGCCGUUAUUGGUGUCAAGGAGGUUGUGAGUGAUGCCCGGGGCAUUGCCAUCGUUUCUCCUGACAUGGCCAAGCAGCUUGAUGAGGAGUCGGCGAAUCUCUCCAUUGACGCUUUGGCUGUACUUACUGUGGGAGAUCAUUCCAAUGCUCUUGUCAAGCAUGAGAAAAAGGUGAUCCAGUAUCCGGUGAUCUAUCGGCCUACCAAAGAGCCGGCAUUGCUCACUGGCACUCUUCUUCAGCUUGGGGAUGUUGAUGUUCAGCUCAAGCCUACAUCUGGAGCUCCAGUGGUGCAGUCGCUUGACACUGCGGUUGUUCGGGUGCAAGUCUUUCGUGAUGCGUAUCCACUGGAAGACUGGUCGGCAUUUGUGGCUGGUCCUGUCAAGGCCUUGGUCAGUUCUGUUGAGUCACUGCAGUACUGCAAUGGCAAAGAUUGUGGCAAGCAGUGCGCCAAAUUCCACCCUUCAGUUGAGGAGGAGAUUCGUACUGCUCUUCUUGAUGUUUGGCAAUGGCAAUGGCUCCAAGCCCUGCAAGCAGGCACAGGCUGA